AGGCGAUUAGUGUACCUGUGGCUGUGCUGGAGGAAGGGGCGUGUGUGUACGUGUGCCUCAGGUGUGUUGGGUGAUCUCUACGCCCCACGCCUGCACCCGUGCCAGCCCAGGAGUGCCACAGGGCGGGAGUGUUGGGAGGUGCCGCGGGUGUUUCCAGUGCCAAGAGUGCCCAGCGUGUGUUUACCUGCCAGAUUACACAGAUUGACGAAACUUAAACUUCUUCGUCAUAAGGUGAGAUCCCCAGCGCGUGACGGCGUGAGUGGGUCAAGUGGAACAGGUGACUUAGGAUCGGAAUCUCUUUAAAGGGAUCGAGUUCGCUAUAGUAGGAUUACGCCUUGGAUUUAAUAGGAUCGGGACAGAUGGUGUGACCCAAGUGCCGCACAAAUUAGGGAGACAUGCGUGACGGGGGACCUACAGCCGCGGCGCCCUUGGAGGCAGCCCACGGCCCGCCCUUUAGACCCAAGACCCCGUUGGGCUCCACCUCCUCAUGCUCCUCCAGCGUGGCGGGAGGCGGGCGCGUGCGAGCAGUGAGGAUGGUACGGCGGAAGGGCGAGACGUACGGAUUCAGUCUAAGGGGCGGCAAGGAACAUGGCACUGGCUUCUUCAUCUCCCACGUUGAGCCUGGAUCCGAAGCCUUCCUGCAGGGCCUGAGGGCUGGUGAUCAAGUGGUCCGCGUGAACAAUAUGGCGGUGGACCAGGCGGUGCAUAGGGAGGUGACGGCCAUGGUGCAGAGCAAGGCAUCGGUUCUCAUGCACAUCAGGAGCACCGGCAUCAUCCCCCUGAAGGAGCACCGCGGUGAUCCCCUUACCUGGCUUGUGGUGGACGAUGAUGAGGAGCUGUCAGAUCACGGUACAGACUCCUACAGUGGCCCAUCCAUGGAGGCCACACCCCCGCCACACCACCGCACCCACCACCACCCAGCUGGCUAUGCACGGGUCUACCUGUCCUGCAGUGGCAAAGUGGGCCUAGGCUGCAGCAUCUGUAAGGGCCCCCCAGAGAAGCCAGGCAUCUUUGUGCAGAGUGUGAAGGUUGGCGGGGUGGCAAGGAGUGCUGGGCUGCGGCCAGGGGACCAAGUUAUUGCCUGCAAUGAUGUCAGCUUUGCACAUCUGGAGUUUGCUGAGGCUGUGUAUGUGCUCAAGUCCUCCCCCCGCCUGGUGCUCGAUGUCCUGCAUGGUGCUGGGAUGGACCUGGUGGCUGGAGAGUCCUCUGGCUACAACUCCUCUGCCUCCUCUGUUGCGGGUGACCAGACACCGCCCUCCUCCUCAUCAGACCCUCACGACUCUGACCACAGUGUUGCCAGCAGACUGAGCGCUGUGAGCCGCCACCUGACCCUGGACCGCUCCCGUGGCUGGCAGGAGAUUGAGGACGAGUGGGCCGAGGCUGAGGCAGCAGACAAGAGGAAACAGCUGCAGUUCUCCCAGAAGAUACUGAAGACAAGGGCACAGCGUGAUGCCAACCAUCGCCUCAGCAACAUUGCCAGCAGAUCUUUGAGCAGCCUGAGUGCUGCCCUGAGGGAGGAGGAGUACGAAGAGCAGCGAACAGCCUUCAGGGAUGCCAAACCUUCCCCAGUCCAGCCAGCCUGCCACCUUCCUUCACACUCGACCCUCAAGUCAACACUCAGGAGCUCCCGGUCCACUGACGACCUCUCUGAAGACACCAGUCACAAAAUAGCUCUCCUGACCUCAGCUGACCCUCACGUGAACAAUAUAGUGGUGACAGGCGGCCCCAAGGAUGAAAGGGAUGCUGUGUUCCGCCUGGAGCAGCUGUCCUGCACCUCGGCCAGCAGGACUUCAACACUGAGCAGCGGCACAUCUCAGGUGACAGUACGGUCAUCUUCUGGUAGUGGUGGCUGUCCCUCACCAGGGAAGGCUCCACCACCACCACCUCCCCAGUCCUCAGAGUACCUGGUGGAGCAGCAGCUGCAGGAGCUGCGACGGGAACAGAAGCGGCUGCAAGAGGAAGCAAGCAGGCUGGCAGAGGAGAGGCGCAGGUUUGAGGAGGAAAAACGGCGAGGAGUAGAAAGAACCCAGAGUGCUCCACUGUCUCCCCUGGUGAUCAGCUGCCUGGGUCAGACCCUCCCCCCUGGCUUCCAGUCUCCCCCAAGCCCCACCUCCUCCAUUUCUAGUGGCCGCCAUACCACCCGGGUACUCAUCAAAUCUCCACCCCCUCCCCCACCACCUCGCAGAAACACCACAACACUCUCUGCCCAACACAGCCCCUUCCAGUCCAACCAGGUGUCCCCUCCAGCCUCCCCAGCCCACAGCAGCAGCAGCAGCAGUGGCCUGGGGUCUUCCUGUGGCUCGGGUGCUCCCCCCCGCCGCUGCAAGAGCAUUGGAUCAAUCUCUGCCAGUAGUGGUGAGAGUAACGUGUGGGAAGAUCCCCCCGUUACUCCCCAGGGCCUGCCACUCGCUGCCAGUCCUAUGUACCGCCCCAGCGUGCCACCCCCGACCCCACCAAAGCCCCCUGCACCUCCCAGCACACCUUCCAGUAGCACUAAUGGCCCUCCACCCCCACCCCCACCUCCUCCUCCCCCACCCACCUCUUCACUCCAGUAUGAUUUAGCCGCUGCCAUAAAUAAAGAGUUGGAGCGUCGCCCUGCACAGGACGUGCAGCGGAUUGAAGCAAAACUCGACCAGUUUAAGAAAGACAAACCAAAAAGUGUUCCGGUUGAUCCCAAGAUGGCUCAGUAUGCCAAGUUAAUGGAGGAAAUCAAGAUAAAGCAGAAGAAAAUGCUAACAAAAGACAACACAGGAACGAAAGAAGAAGAGGAGAAAGAGGAGAGAGGGAAGGAGACCACCGUGAAGGAGUCUAGUCCACUGCCUAAAGACCUCUCACCUCCUUCACCUCCCAUUGAAUUCUCCUCCAAGAUAAUCAACAGGAGUCAGCUGAGCCAGAACAAAGACAAGGAGGUGAAGCGUGGCAGUGUUAGUGCCUCACCCCUAACAAAUGACACCACUGUUACUCCUGCAUCAGCUAAGGGCACCACUCCCACUGCCUCUGCCACCAACACUCUAACCAAACCCAAGAUCAGUGUCGGUGGUGUGCCCUCCAAGCUUCCUGUCAGUAGAACCAACAGAGCACCAGGAAACCAAGUCACUUCAACCUUAUCCAAGUCAGCAGUAUUUGAAACACAGCAGUGGAGUGAGCGAGUGAGAGGCAGCAAGGGCCCCUCACCAGCCGUGCCCAGCAAGCCUCGGCCCCACUCCACCUAUGCCAGCAGCACUAGCAUGGAGGAGUUCAGGCCAGAGGAUAAGCAGGCAUCCCAACCCACUGCCAAACCUCCCAGUGCAUUCUUUGAGCCACAGAAAAAGACCUCUGGGAAGCCCCUAGUGUCAAUCAGUGCCUACCCAUCACCCAACCAGCGGCCCACCCCAGUCAGGAUGGAUUUCCUGUCUCAGGCUGCAGCAAAGGUUGAGGUGAAUGGAGUGAGUGCUGCUGAUGGCCCAUCCACUAAGAUUGUUCUGCAGAAUGAGCUCAAGUCAACCCUCACCCGCUCCAACCUGCGGCAGCGCAGCACAACUGAGCAGGUGUUUGAGGGAUCUCUUCCUCCGCAGGCCUCCAGCUCCAGCAGCAAGCCCUCCUUCACCACCACCACCAUUGUCAACACAGCCACACCCCCCAAGGCUUCCCUAUCCAGCAAAUAUAGCCAUAUAGGCCAAAAUAACACUGCAAUAAAAGGUGAGAGCAGCAAAGAAAAUGAGGCUCCAGAGUGCCCUCCUGCAGGCAUCCUCAAGCCCUCAGGCCCUUCCUCCACCAUCAGGCCACUACAGAAGUCCAUAUCAUUUGGUGAUGUAACAACUGUAGGUGAGCCUGAGCCUCGGGCGUAGCAGUGGGGCCAGCCAGGGGAGUGCUGCCUUGAGUCACAAGCUGCUCUAGUGUUGUGGUGACGCCAUGUGUGGAUCAUUGUGUAAUAUAGAACACCUCUGUUACUGUAUGUGUAGUGUUUUCCAGUAUACAACUACUACUACUACUUGUAUCUAAUCUGGUCACUUGUAUUAAAAGUAUAUUAUAUAUAUAUAUAUAUAUAUAUAUAUAUAUAUAUAUAUAUAUAUAUAUAUAUAUAUAUAUAUAUAUAUAUAUAUAUUUUUUUUUUUUUUUUUUUUUUUUUUUUUAUAUUGUAAAUGUAAACAUUCUUUUAAGUUUCUAACAUUUUUCAAACCUCUAGUUGUGUGAAAAUUUAACAUUGUUCUAGAACACUUAUAUCUAGUUUUGUAUACUACAUGAAAUGUUACUGUACAUAGCUAUAUAUAUAUAUAUAUAUAAAUGCAAUAUAGAUAUUUGUGAUUAUAUUUUACAUACCUAUGAAACAUGUAAAUAUUCAGAUUAUUAGUACUAGUUCCAUAGAUCAAUAUUCAAUAAAGUAAGAAAGUAGUUGCAUUUGCCAAGCUACCCAAUAUAUACUAUACUCUGUACACUAAACACUAACACUAAUUAAUAAAUUAUUGUUCAUG